CAUAUGUCAUCGUUACAAUUAAUACAAUAUAGGACAGAGUAAACAUUCACACCAACCAUCGCCUGACAAUUACAACACAUCCUUGUGCAUUAAACUGCCCGAAUUCUACAACAUUAUGAAAUUACGUCAAAGCCCCUUGGGAAUCUUGAUCACAACGCUAUGAAGCAAGGAUAGUAAGGUCAUUCCACAUGCAAAUUGGACUUGGCCAACUACCAUCAGCUACUUCAUUGAAACUGUCACCAGAGACAACAUCCUAAUACAGACAUCCCCAAUGUUCAGACAAUGCAGAGUUUCUUGUAACUCAUUCCUUGCCUUGUCCAUUCCCACCAAUUGCCGGACGUUUUCAUCAGAUGGAACUUUUUCGUAGCGAAUAGUUAUCCGUCACGGUUACAUCAUACGGCGAUCGUAGCAUAACCGUAGUGAAUAGUUUGUCCAUCACUGUUAGAUCAUAUGGCUACACAACAUGUGACAGUAGUUCGAGCUAUUGCAAUCUCGGUGGCGAUAAGCCUCAUUGUAGCCGGAAUACUGUUCUUUUUCUUCUACCGGUUUAUGAUGGCCCGACGGCUCAAGAGAGCUCGACUAGAUUCAAGUUUCCGGAGGGAGGCUGAGACGGCUGUGCCUCGAGUGGAGUUGAGACAGCACGGUCGUGCAAUAAAAGGAGUCAUAGUCGAUGAAGAAGGAUUGGAUGUGUUGUAUGUAAGAAAAAUUGAAGGCGGGCGUUUCUCUAAGGUUUGGUAUAAUCCUAUGGACGAAGACGUGAAGAGAAUGGACAGCAGAGGAGAAAAGCCUAGCAUGUCUGAGCCAAUACAGGAAAUUCCGUUGCUUCAAGAAUCGAGGGACGGAUAUGUAUCCGUGGCGGAGAAACCGUUGCCGUUGAUGCGAAAUACGUCGCCUAAAUCCAUAGCUCCACCAGUGGGGAUGAGGAGAGGACCUCCUCCUCCACCACCUACUCCUCUGCUUCAGCUGGAAAAGUCGAUGAGUCGAACUUCUCCGCCGCCACCUCCACCACCGCCUCCUCCUCCACCGCCGCCUCCUCCACGUCCUGUUCCUCAAAAGGGAAGUGUCAAGGCUGCGCUGUCACCAGAACCGGCACCACCGCCUCCACCGGUAAAGACAAGGGGACUAGUUUCUUCAUCACAUAAACCGCCUAUUCCGCCAAGAGGCACGGAAAACAGACGCAGUCGAGCGGAAGAACCGUCUGAAGAAAGCAUGAACAAGAACGGAGGACAAAUGAAACUAAAGCCAUUGCAUUGGGAUAAAGUGAUUGCCAAUGCUGAUCAUUCAAUGGUCUGGAACGAGAUCAAUGAUGGGUCGUUCAGGUUUGACGACGAACUCAUGGAAUCCCUCUUCGGCUACACUACCGCAAGCCAAAAUUCAACUGAGAAAAGCAAGAAAGCAUCAUAUCAUAAGCAGAGAAUUUCUGCCUCAGUUCCAUCAGCUCAAACAUUCCUCCUUGACCCUCGAAAGUCCCAAAACGUAGCGAUUGUUCUCAAGUCUCUAGCAAUCUCACGGAAAGAAAUCCUCGAUGCCCUCUUGGACGGCCGAGGACUCAACGCUGACACCCUCGAAAAACUGACCAAGAUCUGCCCAACACAAGAGGAAAUCACCAAAAUCCUCCAGUUCAAUGGGAACCCCACAAAACUAGCUGAUGCAGAGUCGUUCCUGUACCACAUCCUCAAAGCUGUUCCAUCGGCAUUUGUGCGUUUCAACGCCAUGCUUUUCAGAACAACCUACGAUACGGAUAUCUUGCAUCACAAGCAGUGUCUGCAAACACUCGAAUUAGGUUGCAAAGAACUACGUUCUGGAGGUGUUUUCUUCAAACUCCUUGAAGCUAUUCUCAAGGCCGGCAACAGAAUGAACGCUGGAACGACUAGAGGAAACGUGAAAAGCACGGAUGGAAAGACAACUCUGCUUCACUUUGUGGUCGAGCAGGUUGUCCGGUCUGAGGGCAGACGACGAUCGAUCAACACAAACCGUAAACCUGGUGAUCAACCCUUCUCAGCUUCCAAUGAUUCAAAUGAAGAGCAAGACAGAGAGCAUCUAAUGCUGGGACUCCCGGCGCUGGAAGGCCUGAAUAGUAACUUCGGCAAUGUGAAGAAAGCAGCAAGCAUAGACUACGACAGUUUGAUAAGCGUUUGUCCAGUUCUUACAACAAGAGUCGAUGAGAUUAAGCAUCUUUUGAGUGUCGAAUCGGGCGGGUUCCUACGAGAGAUGAAAGGGUUCUUGGAGGACUGUCGGGAGGAGCUUAAUGUGGUGAGAGAAGAGGAGAAAAGAGUGAUGGAGGUUGUGAGGAAAACGACAGAUUAUUAUCAAGCAGGAGGGUCCAAAGGAGGGAAUCAUCCUCUUCAGCUGUUUGUUAUAGUUAAGGAUUUCUUGAACAACGUUGAUCAGGUCCGCGCGGAAAUUGCAAAGAAACUACAGAAGAGGAAGGCGGGUUCGUCGCCUCCAUUGUCGCCAACGCAGAGGUCUCCUGUCAGGUUUCAGAACCUGGAGUUGUAUUUCAGGGCACAUAGGCCUGGAACCAGUUCCAGUGAUUCCGAGGAUGAUUUCUCCUAAACUCAAUUUGUUAAGACUUCAAUUUGACACAAUAAUGUUCAAUAGUGCAACAAAUUUCAAUAUUUUAAGACUUCAAA